AUAUGUAAAUCUUUAAGCUAGAAACGGGGGAAGAUUGCGAGCAGGGGAGGACAAGAAAUGGGAAAGGUGAAGGAAGAGGAGGAAAUUGGCCACAAAGCUGGUGGUGGUGGUGGCGGCGGUGGUGGAGGUGGUGGCAGCGGAUAUGGAGGUGGAGUAGGAGGGGGAAUGGGGGUGGUGAGGGUGUUGGUGGUGGACGACUCCCCUGUGGACCGAAAGGUGGUGGAGAUGCUGCUUAAGAGAAGUGGGGGGAUGUUUGAAGUUACUGCAGUUGAUAGUGGAAAGAAAGCAAUGGAUGUUCUUGGCUUGAAUGGAGGGAAGGCUGAAUCUCCCAGCAGUGAUGACCAGAAGAUUGAUGUUAUCCUUACUGACUACUGUAUGCCGGAAAGAACUGGCUAUGACCUUCUCAAGGCCGUCAAGGAGAACAGCUGCUCAAGAUCCAUACCGGUAGUCAUGAUGUCGUCCGAAAAUGAUCCCCAGAGAAUCAGCAGGUGUCAAGCUGCCGGAGCUGAAGAUUUCCUCCUAAAGCCUCUACAUGUAAAAGAUGUGCAGAGGUUGAGAAACUAUGCUAGGCCAACAGCCCCAACACUCUCAGGCACCAAGAGGAAGCUGCCUGUAGAUUUGAUAGCUGAGAACAAUGGUUCCGAGCGGCGUCCACGCCUUGCUGGAGUUGCAGUAGCAUGAUCGUAUGCUUCAUCCACAUUGUUUUUUUAACUCAAAGUCUUGGUAAUGAGAUUCAAGGGAGGUCUUUUUCUCAUCUUGUAAUAUGGAUAUACUGGUGAUAAGCAAAAUCUUUUUUACAUAUAUAUGUAAAUAUUUUCUUGGUCUU